AUGUUGCUCUCUCCAGCCGUCAAGACUUCGUACCUCAACACCAUGGCGGGCGGCUCUUCGCCUACACCCAAGCGCCGGAUGGAAGGCGAAGAGACCGCAGAGACCUCGCCGCUCUCGGGCAAGCGUGCCCGCCCUACCAUGCCGCUGCGAGGCUCGCGCUCCGCGGCUUCGUUGCAGUUCCAGCAGCAGACUCCGGUCCAUCCUCCCAUGCCCGUGCGAUCCAUGUCCGAGUUCGCGCAGGAUCCCUUUGCGAGCUCGUCCGACAUCACGCUUGAUGAUCUGAGCGCACCUCAACAGCAGAAUCUGCAGCGCGACAUCUUCACACAUUCCUCCGCCACCUCGAACAAGGGCAAGGGUGCCGAGGCUGCUCCCUCCCCCGUCUUCACGAGCAACAACCCGCACUGGCUCAAGGUGGUCACCUCUUAUGGAUACACCUUCAUCAAGUCGGACGAACUCCACCUGCUCGAUGGCAAUGCCGAUGUGCAGAUGGUCAUCGAGUCGAAUCAGAACGAGGUGCCUCGCUCGCCUCCGGCACAGAUGCGCUACCCCAUGGGUCUCGAGUUCCCGCCUACUCCGUCGCCCUCGGACGAUGGCAACGGCACCCCCGCUCACCGAUACUUUGCUCAGCAGCACGCUGGCGGUAAGCCGCUGUGGGAGCACGUCGAAGGCGAUUGCGAGGCUGCGCGCGCACAGGCGGCAGCCGGCGGCAUCAACGAGAUGAUGAUGGACGAAUGGUGA